UUCCAAUCGACUUACGAAAUGUAAACCUAACGUUUGAAUAAUGAUUGGUUGUUUCUCUAGUUUCUGUGUUGUCAACCAGACACUAGUUUUGAGACUUCCAAACGGUCUUUCAAGGACUCUCUUAAAGGGACCAUUCUUGAAAACUCAACAUAACAGUCAAAAAGUUCAACAAUUACUAUCACGCAAAGUCUACAUGUCUAAUUCAGAAAACCUAAAAGAAGAGAGCGUCUGGGAUUAUCCAAGGCCACCAAGAUUGGAAAGAACGCGACAACGUCUUAGAGUAGUUCAUCGUGGAAAGGUUAUAGCAGAUACUCAGGAUGGGUACAGAAUAUUGGAAACAAGUCAUCCUCCCACUUACUAUUUUCCUCCCGAGUCAGUGAAUCGUUCACUGUUUAGAGAGUCGAAUUUGAAAACUUUCUGUGAGUUCAAAGGAACGGCAAUUUACUAUGAUAUACAUGUUAAACAAGUUGUUAUAAGAAAUGGAGCUUGGUGCUAUCCAGAAACGGAGGGUCUAUAUAAGCCUAUUUCUGGGUAUUUUUCCUUUUAUGGUUCAAAGUUUGACGAAGCAUACGUUGGAAAUGAGAAAAUUAUUCCACAGGAGGGUGAUUUUUAUGGAGGCUGGAUAACAAAGAACUUAAAGGGCCCUUUUAAAGGAGCUCCUGGGACUCGAUUCUGGUAAUAAAGAACGGAUAUUUUCUACUGUGUCCAAGAAAGAAAAAUGUGUCCAAAUUU